AAUCAUUUUUAUUUCAUGCAAGUUGCUUAAAACAGGAAAAGAAGAUUGUCUUGAAUCCACCAGUCGCUUCAUGACGACCAAGAAUUAGAAAUUAUGGAAGGGGUGGUUUUUCUGCAUUCUCAGAUUCUGCUAUAACCCAACAACACGUUCUCAGAGUCAGAGCACGGUCUACAAUACCACCACAACUUUCCUUUCGGCGAAAGAAACCAUCUAAAAUUAACUUUGGCCGUACCCUCCCCCUCCAGGCUCUGUGAAAAUUAGCUGUGCUUGUCAUUGUUGAAUAGGAAAACACUGAUCUAAGAUGGCUAUGCAAGCAAGACAGCAACAGGCAGAGGUAGAAGUUGAAGAUGAAACCUUUGGUCCCAUGCCACUCAAUCGCCUGGAGGCAAAUGGUAUUAGUGCUGUUGAUGUGAAGAAGAUGGAGGAGGCAGGGUACUUCACUGUAGAGGCAGUAGCGUAUACACCAAAAAAGAAUCUGUUGGCAAUCAAAGGCAUCAGUGAAGCGAAAGCUGAUAAAAUCUUAGCUGAAGCUGCUAAAUUGGUACCAAUGGGCUUCACAACAGCAACAGAGUUCCACCAAAAGCGGUCAGAAAUCAUUCAGGUGACAACAGGGUCAAAGGAACUCGAUAAACUCUUACAAGGUGGUAUAGAGACAGGAUCCAUAACGGAAAUCUUUGGUGAAUUUCGAACAGGAAAAACACAGCUUUGUCAUACUCUUGCUGUAACUUGCCAGUUGCCAAUUGACAUGGGAGGUGGAGAGGGAAAAGCUAUGUAUGUUGACACAGAAGGAACAUUUCGUCCAGAGCGUUUACUUGCUGUUGCUGAAAGAUAUGGCCUGUCGGGCAGUGAUGUGCUGGACAAUGUGGCAUAUGCCAGGGCCUAUAACAGUGACCACCAAUCUCAACUUUUGAUUCAGGCUGCUGCCAUGAUGGCAGAAUCAAGAUAUGCCCUGUUGAUAGUUGACAGUGCCACAGCUCUCUACAGAACAGAUUAUUCAGGGAGAGGAGAAUUAUCAGCCAGACAGAUGCACUUGGCACGCUUCCUUAGAAUGCUUCUUAGACUAGCUGAUGAAUUUGGAGUUGCUGUGGUAAUAACCAAUCAGGUUGUUGCACAGGUUGAUGGAGCAGCCAUGUUUACAGCAGACCCUAAAAAGCCAAUUGGAGGAAAUAUUAUAGCACAUGCUUCAACCACAAGGUUGUAUCUUAGAAAAGGACGAGGUGAGACAAGGAUUUGUAAAAUCUAUGAUUCUCCGUGUUUACCAGAGGCUGAGGCCAUGUUUGCCAUCAAUGCUGAUGGAAUAGGAGAUGCCAAAGAAUGAAACAUGAUUAAUGAGCUAUCUGAGAUUGCAUCAAAAGUGUUAAAACACUACUGGGACAGCCAGGCCUCCCAAUACUCUGGUUCCUAGACACUGCAGGACUUCAGGAUAGCAGUGUGCAGACAGCAGUCAGAGAGAACACUUUAGGAUAAUGAAUUUUUUAUUUGCAUUCUAUACUCAUUGCAUUCAUUUUUUUGUUAUUUUCUUAUGUUUACAUAUCCCUCACACAGAUUAUUGGCUUUAUUGAACUUGUAAGGCCUAUAGAGGUUUUUUAAUGUGGUAAGUGUAAAACAUCUUAAAUUAAUGCAAUUAAACAUUUGACACUUAGGUCUGAUCCAUUUAAUUCGAGGGGGAGAGGGGCUUCAUAUGUUAUCAAUCCCCCAACCAAUAGGAAAAAGCAAACAUUGUUUUCCUCCAUAACAAUAUGUAUGAUGUAUCAUACAUAUUGUUUCUUCUUUUUUUUCAUGUAAACUUUAUUUUUGAUUUUGACACAUGAUAGCAAAUGCUGAUGUUAUGAAAAAAUCCAGUAAAAAAUGUAUUUUGUCUCGUAUUAUACUUUAUAUAUUUGUACAGUUGUAUAACAUACUGAAUGCAGAGUAACAUGUUAUGAAAAUCAGAAAUUAUGAUUUAUAAUUUUGUGCAUGUGUGCAUUCCCUAAAAAAAAAAAAUACUGAUUGUAUUGCUUGAUAUGAAGUGUACGUGUAAGUCAUGAAAACAUUCUUUACAAAUGAAAUAAAAAUACAAUGUUGCUUUGAGAACAACAACUUUUGUGAAAUUUGUAAAGGGCUAUAUUGAAUGAAAUAAAAGCUUUUUACUCCUACAAA